GGAAGGACUGUUUGUGUGCCUGGGUGCUGAGCAGCAGCAGAGCAGCUUAGAUGCGGACCAGAGGUGACCAGGGCUCGGGGUGAAGGCAGCUGCUGCCGCUGGUAGUGGUGCUGCUGCUGCUGGUGCUGGUGGUGGUGAGAUGUGAAGAGGCUUGAAGUAUGGCAUGCAAGGAUGGUUUCUGCCAAGAAGAAGGAGAUGGUGACAGCGAUGCGCCCCGCGUUUACUCGGACCCUCUUCUACUUUUUCUGUUUGCUGACUUGUAUGAAGAAAAUCUCUGCGCAGACAAAAAAGGAUGAAAGGAUCUAUCCGGAGAAUUUCACUCGCAUUUUGGACCGACUUCUGGACGGCUAUGACAACAGGCUGCGACCUGGAUUCGGAGGUCCUGUGACUGAGGUCAAGACUGACAUUUAUGUGACAAGUUUUGGGCCUGUCUCAGACGUUGAAAUGGAAUACACAAUGGACGUAUUUUUUCGCCAGAUGUGGGUAGACCGGAGGUUGAUGUACGAGGGCCCGAUAGAGAUUCUCAGGCUGAACAACCUGAUGGUAACAAAGGUGUGGACACCGGACACCUUCUUCAGGAACGGCAAGAGGUCCGUCGCUCACAACAUGACGGCGCCCAACAGGCUGUUCCGCAUCAUGAAGAACGGCACCAUCCUCUACACCAUGAGGCUGACGAUUAGCGCCGAGUGUCCCAUGAAGCUCGUGGACUUCCCCAUGGAUGCACAUGCAUGCCCCCUCAAGUUUGGCAGCUAUGCCUAUCCUAAAACGGAGAUGAUCUAUACUUGGACCAAAGGGCCUGAGCAUUCAGUGGAGGUCCCUCCAGAGUCCUCCAGCCUCGUUCAGUAUGAUCUCAUUGGCCAGACGGUCUCCAGUGAAACGAUUAAAUCCAUCACAGGUGAAUAUGUGGUCAUGACGGUCUACUUCCACUUGAAACGUAAAAUGGGCUACUUCAUGAUUCAGACGUAUAUCCCCUGCAUAAUGACAGUAAUCCUCUCCCAAGUGUCCUUCUGGAUAAAUAAAGAAUCAGUCCCAGCGCGCACAGUUUUCGGCAUCACCACCGUCCUGACCAUGACAACGCUCAGUAUCAGUGCUCGCCAUUCCCUCCCCAAGGUCUCGUACGCUACUGCGAUGGACUGGUUCAUCGCCGUCUGCUUCGCCUUUGUCUUCUCCGCCCUCAUUGAGUUUGCCGCUGUCAACUACUUCACCAAUGCACAGAUUGAGCGCGCCAAAAAGAAGCCGGCCAAAUGUCCCCCGGUGCCCCAAUCCACGCCUGUCAAGGUCAAGGACGCAGAGGAAGUGCUGCAGCAAAAUCCUGAUACGAACGGUAAUCUGAGGAAGCGCAUGAAUUAUAUCUCCCACCAAGAGUCGAGCAGUCAACAGAGAGCCCAGUCCACCACCAACAUUGCAGGAGUAGGGCGAGGAAGGCCGCUGCGACCUUUAGCCGGUGGAACCAAUGGCAGCUCCUCCACCCUCUCCCGCUCCAGCCCAAAGUCUGAGAGCCUGCUCAGCGUUGCGUCUUCCUCAGCGCAGCUGGUGAAGAGUACGCCUCAGGGUGCAGCUUCUACGCCAGACGUAAUGGCGGGGACACCGUGCAAGCAGAACGCCAGCACUUCCUCUCUGCAGCAUCUGCUGGGCCCGAAGCUGGAGCGCAUCCAGAUGAUGGGGAACAAACUGGAGCCGAAGCAGACGCCGUGCUCCCAGCCCACCACUGCUGGUAUGGGCGGAACCAGUAAAAUUGACAAGUAUGCACGGAUCCUCUUCCCCGUGUCGUUUGGCGCAUUUAACAUGGUCUACUGGGUGGUUUACUUAUCAAAGGACAUGAUGGUGGCUAAAGGUGGCUAGACGUGUCUUUUAACACAUGGGAUUACUGGAGUUUGUGAACAUUAUGUAGAACGUGUUGUUUUUGCCAAACAGAUGAACAAAAUGUGCCCAUAAAGCACUUAAGAAUAUAUUUAUUUUUUUUCUUCCUGAGUCCUGAAACUGCAAGCAUGGGAACAAGCGAGCAAAAUUAGAAAAACCUGACUCAACAUAAGAAGGAACACCUGCACACUGGAGUAUGCUACUGUCCUCUUUCUAUUACAUCAUGCUUCAUUUGACUGAAAAGGUCCUCAUCAGCUUCAACUGAUCUCUUCUGGCCUGCAGUCAAGAUAAAGCAUGGAUUUUAUUCAUUUUCCUAUUUUUGUACCCUGCACCUGGCAAGAUGCGUGGACGUGUGUGCCAUUGUUCUGAACUCAACUGCACCAACACUGUAAAUAUAUAAAUUUAUUAGGAUAAACAGAUUUAUAUUUAAUGAAUACAGUUUACUUCCUUUUGAAUAAUUAAGACGUGUUGCUUUUGGUGCCAGCAGGUUAGAGGUUGCAAAAUUAAAACGAGGGAUUUCAGAAUGGAAAAUUGUUGAAUGUUGGCCAAAAGGGUUUGAAAGUAAAAUGGAUUUGGCCAGAAUGAAAGUCCUCAAACCAGGCUGAGUGGAGCUUUGGCCAGGACCUGAUCAACCAUGAAAAGCUUCUCUUGUAUAGUACCUACUGCAAAGCAUCUUUCACAUACAAGAAGGAUUAACUAAUCAGAAAUAGCGAAUAUGAAAUUUGUGGAUAAGUCGGGCAGAAAAUAGUAAAGACAAGUCAUGAAUUCAUGUAACAGUAGGCUUUAAGCUUCUUUCCAGCCGUAACAGAUUGCGAAUAGCAGACAAAGAUUGUGUAAGUGAUUAAAAAAGAGCCAUAGCAUGAACAAACACAGGGAGCAGAACACAAAGCCAUUUGCUCGUAGACCACUGUGGCAAUAAAAUAAUGAGCUGGUUGUUUGUUUCGAGACAUUUCGGCGUGCUCAACAAAAGAAUGUGACUCAACAGCAGCUCCAGGGGAGAAACACAACAUCUAACUGCUGUCAUCCACAUUCUUAAAUGUGUUUCCGUGCACUUUGAUUUUGGGCAUAAAACAUUAUUUAAUUACUCUUCAUGGGAAAGAUCUCUCGUGUGUGUCUAUGGAGCACACUCACUUGCUAUCAAAACUACAGCAGAUACACAACACGUUGAGCACAUUUUGAAGGUUGAAAUAACUUUUUCUCUCCUGUUUGGUAACCCCAGUGUCAGCUGACGCAGGGCUGUUGGUCACUAAGUUGACAGCUAUUAGUAGGUUAUGGAAUUUAUUAGUGUUUGCACUGAUAAUUGCUACAAUUGCUACAACCACAUUAAGUUAUGGAUGUGGUUGAUAUUUAUCUGUUGUGUCAGAUCAGUUAAUGUUUAAAGAUAAUGACGAGUCAUUUUCCAUAGAUGGUAAUCAGUUUGCACCUAAUUUACUUCAGCUGCAGUUUAUUACCAACCAGAAAACGAUUGUACUGAAAAUCAGAGUGCAUAUCUUUGGAAGUGUAAAGGCCUUUUCACAUAGGUGCGCUUGUGCUGUGGUGUGUGCGAGCCAUAGAGAAGAGUGGGUUUUAGAGCAGUUUUCACAUUGUAUGGGGAGGGUCUUAAUACAUUCUCCUGUCGUUCUGAAUUAAUGGGAAAAUGUGUAAAGAAUCUUACUUAAGAUUAUUUUCAUGAGUAAUAUUGGCCUCUACUCGGUUUUUAUUUCAGUUCAGGUCUUAAAUGCUUUGAGAUGCUGGCAUCUUCGUGUAGAGCCCCCAUGUACUCAGGCUGAAAUUUAUUUUAGUCGCUUCAUCUCAUAUCCUGAAACCAGAUGUUUUGAAGUGAUCCUGUAAAAACACUGCAGUAUCAAAAAGUCAAAGAUGCUUCAAGUCAGCAGAGGCUGUUGGGAUUCAUUUAUAAAUUCAGAAUUAGAUGUGCUGACAAAUAAACACUUUGAAAACAGUGGUCAUAAUAGCGAGGAGUGAAGCCCUUUACACACCGGACAUGUAAAAUUCAAGCUAAUAUUUCGUGCCUUGAAAAUAUUUUUCGGGCUCAUCUAUUUUUAAUGCAGCCAUUCGCACUGACCGAUUUUGCAUGACAAAUUUGGGGCUUUUUUUUUAAACCGAGCUAAAUUUUUCAGAUCCAAAUAAACAACAAGCGUGCUCGUAGUUUAAAACAUGCAACGGCUUGAUGAUGUCAUCUUCAAGUUUUUAAAAAAAUUCAUUUUCUGCAAAAAUGCUUUUGGUGUGUAUCUGUGUAACACGACAAGUUUGGAUCAGAAAAAUUCUGUUUUCUGAUCCAAACUUGCUUCUUUGCAACGCGCUCGAGGCGUAAUGGCCUUAACUCAGAACUUGAGCUCAUCUUAAUCUACACGCUGGCUACUUCAACACUUGCUUAAGUAUUGUUUUUUAAAAUAGAGAUUUUCUGCUUUCAUUUAAAAAAAUCUGUGCAUACAAGCAUUGAUUUGAAAAUAUUGUCCAUCUACAUGAAAAUGCUGAAAACAAUAACAAAUACUGGCCAAUCAGAAUCUUUAAUGGAACAACUUUAUUAGGUGAACAAAGAUGGGCAUAACAGAAAUGUUUUAACUGAAUGUGGAAUGUAGAAAUCUCUGUCUUUCUAAAAACACAGGAGCGUGAGUCCUUUGCAUGUGUUAGCAUCUAAACGUGCAUAAAAAGAUAAAGCAAUAAUAUUUUGUCAUGCAAGCAACACAGCACACAGUCUGAUGUAAGAGUUAAUAAAAGGCAAACACCAAGUUUCAGAAAACUCUGUUUUCAGUGACAUAAAAUGUGGACAAAAGGCCAAAAUGGACAGAAAAGGCUAGUUAUCAAAACAACUGUGUUGGGUUCAUUUUGAGAGAGAGAGAAGACAAAUAUGUUCUAAGUGCAUUUUCUUAAAUUUAUUUAGCAGUU